AUGGCAACUCUCCCAAUAUGCAUCAAAGAAGAACAUAAAGCAGUGUUCCGAUUUCUCUGGUCGGAAGGUGUGUCAGGUGGUGAAAUUGAUCGGAGGCUUUUGGUACAAUUGGUUAAUGAUUUUAACUGUCUGGCCGGCCGUGUGUGGUGUGCAUUGUCGUGCAACAACAAGAGUCCAUUCGACAAUAGACAUCAGCGUUUGGUACGAAUUGUUGGCUUCAUUAUCCUUGCCUCGCCUUUAGAGAAACCUGGGGUAAUUGAAAAGCGACUGUCACAACAGCAGGAUUCCCUCAAGUCUAUAAAGUUUCGUGAUAUUCCUGAACGUGCCACUUCUCGGAAGUCAUUGAAUCUAAAGAUAUUGAUGUACGGCCUCGAAGUAGGAUUAUUCGACGAAAUCGAAUCAAACGGUGAACCAUUAACAGCGGCUGGAAUCGCUCGUAAAUUUAACUACGAUAAAUCCACGACUGAGCGUUUUCUAAACACAUUGGUCUCUUUAGACCUCCUCGACAAAGAAGUUCAAAAAGGUAAUGUUGUAUACAGCAACACGGCAGGGACGACAAAAUACUUAACUAGAUCCCGGCGACCAGCAUUAAUUGCAUCCGCCAUGUCUGAAUUUAAUGUUAUUCUUCCACUUUUAUCAAAUCUCACCAGCACAUUGAAAUCAGGCAAAGCAUUUAUAGACAUGGCGAAUAUAAAGGCGGGAAAAAUGUUGAAUAAUGAAAAUCCUCCAAUGAAAAAUAUUCAUAUAGAAGACCAGAAGGAUACUGCCCACAACAAAGGUAGCCACACCGAAUCGAGUCAUACACCGGGUGUUAACUGUACAAAUGGAGUCACACCAAACGGCACAAAUGGUAUUAGUGCCAACAUUACUGGUACCAAUGGCACACACACUACUAACGGAACUCAUCCGGACAAAGCUAGUAACGGUAGUAAACCGGCAAUGGAUUGUAGUGCAAUGAUAAUGUUGUCUAUGGAUGGUCUUACAGUACCUUGUGCUCCAGUUUUAGUGAAAGCUUUUGAUCUGAGUGCUCACAGAACUGCUGUUGAUUUAGGUGGAGGCUCCGGUUUGAUAGGUAGGACAUUAGCAAGUCACUAUCCAGAAAUGAAUAUCACAGUCUUUGAUCUCCCAUCUGUCGUACAAUUGGCGAAAAAACUUUAUCCCGAGAAUAGCAGUGGUCAAGUGAAUUUUGUAGCAGGUAAUUUCUUCGAGGAUGAGAUCCCCGAUGCUGAUCUUUAUGUGUUAUCACAUGUAAUCCACGAUAUGACAGAGAAACAAAUAGAUAUACUACUUAAACGGGUGUAUAAUAAACUACCUCCAGGCGGAAGUUUGCUAAUCUUGGAGAAAACCCUUGAUGAAAUGAAAGAUGGUCCUUCAUUUGCAGUGAGCAAUGAUCUCAUAAUGUCGUUGAUAAGUACUGGUCGUGAACGUUCAGCGAAAGAAUAUAGGGAAAUAUUAGAAGAACAAGGAUUUACAAAUAUACAAAUCCGUUUAGUUGGUGGAUACAAUUACUUUGAUGCCAUACUCUCGAAGAAACCAUUUUAAUUAAAAAAAAAGUAUUAAAAUAAAACAAACAAUUGUACAUUCAUACACGUAUCACAUAUACAUACAUAUAUUCAUACAUACACAAACGUGACUAUAUAUAUAUAUAUA